CGAGAUGGGUCGAAAGCGGCCUUAGCCUUCAGCCUGACAGCAGAAACAUACUUCAGCUAGCUUCGGGCAUAACAAAAAAAAAUAAAGUAACGGAACAGCAAGUUGGAGCGUGAAUAUUUCAAGUUGAUGAUCGAAUGUUGACCAUCGAAGUAAAUAUUUGAGGGUAAUUCUAGUUCAAGUGAUGCAAUCAUCUAUCGAAAGCUGUUCGUCGCAAUGAAAUUCGCCCGACGAUAGUGUGAAGUAUGGUUGAAACCUCUGCAGACUGCACGGUUUUGCAGGCGGUCGAUAUUCCUGCUGACGACGACGGAAUACUAAUUAGCUUGGGAGACAAUGGGUGCACGACAAUCACCUGCACUUUCUGUCGGAAGGCAUUUCGAUCCAGCCAGCAAUGCAAACGACACGUCGAAACAAUCCACCGUUCUAAAACGCAGAAGUCUAACGAAGAGCAUGAGCAUCAUUGCAAGCAAUGUAACCAGUCAUUCAAAAGUACAAAACUACUAUUAGUACACGAAAAGAGCCACCGAAAGGCGCAGGAUAAGCAGCAACAUCAGUGUCAAACAUGCGGCACAGUACUUAAAACGAUGGCCAAAUACCGGCAGCAUCAGAAAGCCCACUGUGGAUCGGAGCAGAACAAACUGCCAUGUGAGAAGUGUGAUGCUGUGUUUAAAAGUCGAGAAGGCAGACGGGUACACAUGAUCUUAAAGCAUAGUGCCGGCCAGACCUACCGCUGCCAGGAGUGCCCCAUGAUAUUCGCCCGCAAGGCCAAUCUACGGUUGCAUAUGAGCACGCAUGGACAGCGACCGCAUGUUUGUAGUGUCUGUGGAAAAUCUUUCGCUCGAAUCGAAAGUUUACGGACACACGAGCAGAGGUGUGCCACCGGUUAUAGGGGUCUAUUUUGCGAUGAGUGCGGUAAGCGUUUUCGAAAGCAAGAAUUAUUAGAUAAGCACGUGCAGCAGGGGCACCCGGAAAAGGAACAUGUGUGUGGUCACUGUGGGCAAAGUUUCGAAACGAAGAGAGCACUGAGCCAUCAUGUGCGGGUACACGAGGGACAGCACCGCUGUUCGCAUUGUACGCUGCAAUUUGUCACGGUUAAGGCACUUCAGAACCAUGAACGAAGCCGCCAUUGGGAGAUUCUGGGGGUCGAGCGAGUCAUUGGAAAGCAAGGACGGCGGAAAAAUAAGCCGGAACAACCUGCAAAGUCAAAGCUAAGAAUUAGAAGGAAUAAGCACUAUCCGUUUCUCGGUUUGGAACAUUUGGCUGAGCAACCUGCGGAGGAAAGUAUUAACCUGGACAAGCAAACAGAAAAUGAAAGAGCUGACACUUCAAGCAUUCCCAUAAACGAAGAAGUUGGUAAAGAGAAUUCAGACCAGCUUCAUUUAAGAGAUGUCACUAGCAACGGUUCACAGGAAUUAUUAGAGUUGGCGCAAGAAACUCCAGAGCUGACAAGUACCGUUAAUUUUAAUAAAACAGAUGACAACAAAGUCGAUAAAAACGAUGAAGUUAAAAAAGUAUCACCAGUGCCCAGUGAAUACGCGAACGAUGAAUCUUCUUCAAGCAUUGCUAACGAAAACCCAGACUACAGUAUCGAGUCUAGUCAAUCAGAACCUCCGAUAGAAAGCGAACCCGAAUAUCAACAACCGACUAAGCGAAGAAAACGGCACCGGAUAAAAGCAACCGUUAACCAAGAACCAACCAAACCGAAGCCUUUCGGAUGUGACAAUUGCGACAAAUCGUUCGCUCACCGGUUUUGGUUGGUGUCCCACCGCCAGAAAGUGCACGGUAUCCAGGAACCUAAUCCUCCCCAGCCGAAGAAAGGUCGUACGCACUUUUGUAACGAAUGCGAGAAAAGCUUCAGCGAUUGGCGCAAUCUGGCGUACCACUACAAGCACUUCCACAAGCUGGUGUUCAACGACGACGAGCUGGAGAAAUGUCCCUCGUGUAAGAAAAGGUUUAUCAAAGCUGACGAGUUAAAAACACACAUCUGCAUGAGGGGUAUUUUCAUCAAUAGGCAGCCCUCCUUUAAAUGUGAACUGUGUGAAAAAGCGUACCACAGUCAGCAUGGUCUGGACUGCCAUCGGUCCGUGCACGCAGAAUUUCAUCGCUUCAAUUGCGAUGUUUGUCAGAAAGCUUUCGCCAACUUGAAGGAUAUGAAUUAUCACAAAAAGCGUGUCCACGUAGAGGCUAGCUUUGUUUGUGAUGUAUGCGGGAAAGCUUUUAAGCUCCAGACCCAGUUAACAGUGCACGCUCAGAUACACCAGCAGCUCAAGCGACAUCAGUGUGAAUUCUGCGGAAAAUCUUUCUCCCAGCGGAAUGGUAUGACGGCUCAUCUGAAAAUUGCUCAUGCCGAACAACUCGGCACGGUUGCUCUGGCAGAACGGGAAAUCUGUUGUGAGAUCUGCGGCAAAAAGUUAAAGGGAAAAAUAUGCCUAAAGCUGCACAUGAAACUUCACACCGACGAGCGCAGCUUUGCAUGUUCCUUUUGUGACAAAAAGUUCAUCGUGAAGCAGGACAAAAUACGACACGAGCAGAACCACACGAAAGAGUAUCGUUUUAAGUGUCGCUUCUGUGGCAAGGGAUCAACUCGACGGAAACUGAUUCUACUGCACGAAGCUAGGCGGCACAACGUUACCGACAGCGAGGAAUUGGGCCCAGGUCAUGGUUGCAAAGUUUGUGGCCGCACCUUUCUUACACCGUCUGCGCUGCAGAUUCACAUGUCGCUUCACAGUAAUGAGUUGCCAGUGCAGUGCACUCAAUGCGAUCGACGGUUUAAGAACGUUAAAUAUAUGAAAUAUCACGUAAAAGCACAUCACCAGCGUAAAAUAGAGGUCCAACCACCGCCUGAGGCGGUACCAACUGUAAUCACGAUAACUAACGGGACGGAAUCUCUGCCGGAAAAUACUCAACAAUUAACACAGCCAACUGGGCAGCUGGAUCUGGUUCAGGUUUGCAAUGGUACUUUGAAUAACGUUACGAUUAUGUAUGUCCAAUAUACUGUGGAGCCGCAACAGGUGAAAGAUUUUUUGCAGCAAAACUGUUGAGGCGUAACUUGAAAGAAA